GCGCCCAGAGCGAGGCCGGGGUAGAGAGGCCGACGGAGCCGGAGUCGCCUGCUGCUGGUCUCGGAGGCUGCUGGGGAGCCGGCGGGAGGGUGAGCGGCGAGCGGACCGGAGAGCAGGAGCGGGCAGGAGGGAGCGUCGCGCGGCGCCGCGGAGCGCCGGGGCCGGGGCCGGGCCGCGGCGGAGCCACCGCCGGAGAGGAGCAGCCCGAGCCGGGCGCCGCGGGGUCCCCACCCCCACUCGGCCGGACCGUGCCCGGUGUUCCCCCGAGCGGGGGGCGCGGCGGCGGCUGACUGGCCCCGACGGGACCGCGGGGGUGUUUCCGCCUCCACCGGGGAGCCGGCGCGGCCGCGGGCUCCUCAGAGCCGGGGCCCGGGGCCCGUGACAGACGGCGGGGGAAGGAAGAGAGGCGGCGGCGGCGGCGGCGGCGGCGCAGGCGACGGGGAGGCAGCGGCGACACCAUGUCAUCCCCCAGCCCGGGCAAGCGGCGGAUGGACACGGACGUGGUCAAGCUCAUUGAAAGUAAGCAUGAAGUUACGAUCCUGGGAGGACUCAAUGAAUUUGUAGUAAAGUUUUAUGGACCACAAGGAACCCCUUAUGAAGGCGGAGUGUGGAAAGUUAGAGUGGAUCUUCCCGAUAAAUACCCUUUCAAAUCUCCAUCUAUAGGAUUCAUGAAUAAAAUUUUCCAUCCCAACAUUGAUGAAGCGUCAGGAACUGUGUGUCUAGAUGUAAUUAAUCAAACUUGGACAGCUCUCUAUGAUCUUACCAAUAUAUUUGAGUCCUUCCUGCCCCAGUUGUUGGCCUAUCCCAAUCCCAUAGAUCCUCUCAAUGGUGACGCUGCAGCCAUGUACCUCCACCGACCAGAAGAAUACAAGCAGAAAAUUAAAGAGUACAUCCAGAAAUACGCAACGGAGGAGGCGCUGAAGGAGCAGGAGGAAGGCACUGGUGACAGCUCGUCGGAGAGUUCUAUGUCUGACUUUUCAGAAGAUGAGGCCCAGGAUAUGGAGUUGUAGUAGAAAAAGCACCUGCUUUUCAGAAAGACUAUUAUUUCCUAACCAUGAGAAGCAGACUAUAAUAUUCAUAUUUAAACAAAGCAAUUUUUUUUAUUACUAAACAAGGUUUUUAUGAAUAAUAGCAUUGAUAUAUAUAUAUUAUAUAUCACCCUUUAGAUCUUGAUUUCUUGGUCAUUUCUCAACCUGAGGUGCAUAGCAUAUUCCCACAUUCCAUUUUGGUAGCAAUAUGCGGUCUGGAUGCAUGCAUUCAUAAGUCCAUUUGGCCAAGUCAGCCUGUGUGCUACUAACUGUCAAAAGAAAUAGCCGCUCUGAUAGGUAGACAAGUAAACAUAACAGGAAAAAGUUGCUUCUUUUAUUGAUGGUUCCAAAGAAACAAACCGAACCAGCCAGCUCUUGGGUGUGAAGAUAGAAUAGUGCUUUUUCAGACGGGAAGGAGGAGGUGGGGAGCCAGCCGUCCGGACUGCUCCCUCCUGUGGUCCGGCCUGGGUGGCCUUGUUGCUGGGGAGUAACAGUGUGAGCAGGGAGCUCAUUGGAGUGUUGAAACGUAAAACAAUUUCUGACUCGGAUUUUAAGUGCAUUUUUAUACGUAGAUUCCUGCCCUCUGGCUACUCGGCCCUGCAGCCUCUCCUUUGGGGCGGAUUCCUGUGGAGAACCUGUGCGAAGUGUUUUCUGAGCUGGACUCUUUCUACGGUAGAGCUUGUGAUCCAGACCUUUGUUGAGAGGCCAGGCCAGGAAGAGAGGAGUGGCUGGGAAGAUGCUUCCUCUCCCGCAGGUGCAGUCACCUCCUCCUCCGGUUGGCCGCUUUGAGACGCUGCCCUGGCCGAGAGCUUGAAAUCUGAGGGUGGUUGUGGGUUCUUUUUGAUUUGGGGGUUUGGGUUUGGGUUUUCGGUGUGUGUGUGAGCUGUGCUUAGACAGGUUACACAGUUAAUCUCCACCUGCCAAGAGGCGGCGGCCUCCGUGGAGAGCCGCUCAGCGGACCAUUCGACUCAGGAGGACGACCUUCCUGGUGCCUGGGACUCCUGGGUUCUCUCCUCCGCGUUUCGGUUUCGGUUUCGGUUUUCCUGCUGCUGCUGCUCUGGGCAACGGCCUGGUCAUCAUCUGCUUGUGGGAGUGGGAAGUGGGUAGUUUAGACCCAACACAUAUUCUAAAUUUCACAUGAGUGAGGAUUGGAACAAAGAAAGUAUCUUGUACCCAAAGUGACUGUACAUGGGAGAAAACAGCUUUUUUCGGAGUGUGACUGAGCGGAGGACAGGAAUCGGAAAUGUGAUGCAGUAGUGAAACAGGUUAGAAGGAAGAGAGUCUUCUCUCCUGUGCAUGAUAAGAGGAAAUCAGACAGCUGACAGUGCUUGCUAAUGAAAUGUGUACUCAGCUAACCAUAUGUCCAGGUUGCCGGCAGUUUCUUUCCCAUCUGAGUGUUGCCUGCUGAAUUUGGAGAACUCUAGACAGCACCUCUGUAUUCGUUUUGUGUCGCAACCAGUAGGACAAGAACAGAAUUAGCCAAUCCUAAAACUUUCUAAAGACAGUUUUUGAAUGUCCCACCGGGAUAAUUUAAUUUCUCUUUCUGAUGUGUGUUUUUAGUUUAGAAGUGCUAUAUUCCAUAAGAUUUGAGUCAAUGAGGUUGGAAGAUAUCCUAUCUUUUUUAGUCAAAAAGCACAAUCAAUCUUUUCUUUGAAAAUCUAUAUAAAGUACAACUUGCUUUUAGCAUGAUUAUUUUCCUAAAUAAAAAAAAAGACAAAGAAUUUACUUAUUUUAUGUUAAUUACGGGCAUGAAGCAAAAGGUUUUCUUUACAAAAAUUAAAAGUGCAGUUAUGUACGGCUGUGGUUAGUUAACCGAACUGAGUUGCCGACCUAGCAUUUGUGGCUUGUUGGAAGGGUAGUGUUAACUAUUUAACAUGUGACGGUGUACUUCACUCUUAUCUAGCACGUUGUCUUCUCAUUGCUUUGGGGGAGGGAGGGUCUGCUGGCACUGUCUAACUUGCUUACCUGCUGAAUUAGCAGUAUGCUUGUGCUAUAACCGGUAUUGUAGGUGCGACUUAGGGUAGGCUUAAAGUGCUGGGUAGUGAUUUGAGUUCAAACAAUAAAAAAUUGUAUUUUUUCAA